GGACCAAAUAAAUAUUGAUGGAAAGUUUAGGGACUAUCAUUCAAAACCUUAUCCCUUUCACGGACCCUCCAUUGCCGGUAACGGAGGCGUGAGUUAUCACAGCUUACCAUACAAAGAAGAAGAAGAAGAAGAAGAGAGAGAAAUAAGAGAGAGAAAGAGGAGAGAGAGAGAGAGUGUGAAGAGAGAGAAACUAGAGAGAGAAAUAAGAGAGAGAGAGAGAGAGAGAAGAGGAUGCGGAGAAGAUGACACGAUGGCUCACGUGACCCCACCACCCUCCCGUCGCCGCCGCCGCCGCCGCCACAGCAUCUCCACCGUCCGCUCCGCCACGUGUCCGCAUCUCCGUCCCCUCCCCCUCCUCGCGGCCACUCUCCUCCUCCUCUGCUCGUCGUCUCCGGCGUCGGCGUCGGCGACGGCGUCUCCGGCGGGGGCGGCGGCGACGGGGCUGCUGGAGCUGCGGGCGUCGCUGGGGCUGCGGGCGCGCGACUGGCCCCGGCGCGGCGACCCCUGCAGUGAGUGGCGCGGGGUCUCGUGCCACUCCGGCCGCGUCGUCGGCCUCUCCCUCUCCGGCCUCCGCCGCACCCGCGUCGCGCGCCUCGCGGGCCCCCGCGCCUCCCCGACCCCGCUCCGCCGCCUCCUCCCUCGCCUCGAGUCCCUCAACGCCUCUCUUCCCCUCCCCGGGCCCCUCCCGCGCCCGCCGCGCUCCCACAACCCUCGCCUCCUCGACCUCCGCGCUCCGCCAUUAAUGGCUCCGUCCCUCCUCCCUCGCCCGCCUCCUCCCCGCCCUCGCCGUCCUCGACCUCAGCUCCAAACUCCUCUCCGUGGCCCCUCCCCCUCCCUCCUCUCCCUCCCCUCCCUCCGCCUCCUCAACCUCUCCCACAACCUCCUCACCGGCCCCCUCCCCACCGCCACUACCACCACAUCCCCCAAUUCCAGCGUCUUCGACCUCUCCGCCAAUCGCUUCUACGGCCCCGUCCCUUCAAGCUUCGAUUCGCUCCUCGCGCGGUUCGAAUCCGUCGACAUCUCGCGCAAUUACUUGGACGGGGAUCCGGGGAUCGUCGGAAACCCCCGUAAAAAUGUCGCCUUUGAGCUCAAUUGCUUCCGCAAUGCUUCGAACCAGAGGACCCCUGGUGAGUGCCAGGGUUUCUACUCCUCUAGAGGGAUAAAACCCUACGAUGGCCCUGUAACUGUAACUCCCCCUUCUUCUAACAAGAAGAGCCAUAAGAAUUUGAAGUAUAUACUCAUAGCAGCUCUCGGCGGGGCUACGGUGCUCGUAGUUUCGGUCACUGCUGCUGUAUUGUGUUGCACAUUAUGCGUUCGACGAAAUGCUGAACAGAGGAGCAGCGCUGUGACCGCCGUCCCGCCCGGCCCGGCGGGUCCGAUGGGCCGGCAACAAGCUCCGGUCUCAGUGACUCUCGCUACGGUCGGAGACGUGUUCACCUACGACCAGUUACUUCGAGCAACCUCGGAGUUUGCGGACGGUAACCUCGUUAAGCAUGGGCACUCGGGCAACCUCUACCGCGGAGUUUUACAAGGAGGGGAUCCCGUAAUCGUGAAGCGAGUCAAAAACGGAGCCUACGCCGCAGAACUCAAUCUGUUUUCGAGAGGGCUGCAUGAUAGAUUGGUUCCUUUUUUGGGGCACUGCUUGAGCAACGAGGACGAGAAAUUCCUCAUUUAUCGGUUCAUGCCAAACGGUGACCUAGCAAAUGCACUGCACAGGAAAUCCGAGAAGGACGAAGACAGGGCGCAGUCGUUGGAUUGGAUAAAGAGGUUGAAGAUCGCAAUCGGGGUUGCCGAAGCUCUGAGCUAUCUGCAUCACGAAUGUGCACCGCCGCUCGUUCACAGAGAUAUCCAGGCAAGCAGCAUCCUUCUCGACGACAAAUUUGAAGUGCGGCUCGGAAGUUUGAGCGACGUAUGCCCUCAAGAAGGUGAAGGCCACCAAAAUGUCAUCACCAGGUUACUGAAAUUUUCACAGGCAUCUCAACAACAAGGUUCUUCCGGAUCCCCUUCUGCGACAUGUGCCUACGACGUGUACUGCUUUGGAAAAGUAUUGCUCGAGUUAGUAACCGGUAAACUCGGCAUUAGCGGAUCAACCGACGCGGCAACCAAUGAGUGGCUCGAACGUGCAGUACCGUACAUCAACAUAUACGAGAAGGAUCUCAUAGCGAAGAUUGUGGACCCAACCCUAAUCAUCGACGAGGACCACUUAGAGGAGGUUUGGGCCAUGGCUAUAGUAGCCAAGUCGUGCUUGAACCCUAAACCCUUGAAACGACCGCCAGUGAGGUACAUUUUAAGAGCACUAGAAAACCCUCUCAAGGUCGUAAGAGAAGAUCAUAGUUCAAGCCUGAGGGCCACGUCGUCACGUAGGUCCUGGAACGCCGCGUUCUGGGGGAGCUGGCGUCAGAGCUUGUCGGACAUGCCUGGCCCGCUGAAGGAGGAUCGGAUACUAAGACGGUCCAGCACAACGAGGUCUCAAGGGAGUAAUGGAGAACACUCUUUCUCCUCCCACAAGAGGGGAUCCAAGGACAUCUUCCCCGAGCCUUCGGAAGUUCGGGAUGUUGAAGAUUGAAAAGGAAGAGAUGUUUCUGCUUUUUUUUUUCGAGAUUCUUGGGUUUCGGAGGACAAAUUUAUCGACUAGAAAGGGCCUCGACGCAAAGUGGUGUACUUCAAAAGCAUGGGAUUUGUUAUUGAUUCUUUCCUCCUCUUCUAUAGAUGCACCAGGAAAAUCGGUUUGUCGAAGAAGAGAGGUGGCCGAGGUAGCGGCGGCGCAGAGGUGAGUGUGCACUCAAUGUUGUUCACUAACAUUUAAGUUAAUGGUUGAGAGAGAUGCAUGUGGUUCAUUGUUUGCUCUACAUUGUUUGCUUCCUUUUUUGAACAGUUGAUGAA